GAAGAUUGAUACGGGCCACUGAAGAGAAAGAAGGCAUGAGGCAUUCAAGCCCUACCAGAUUCCCGACGAACUGCUUGGGAAAGAAAAGAGAAAGAGGGGAAAGAGAUAGCGAAUGAAAUCUGUCCCUACGAACAACUGCGCGAGGAAAGGCUCCUAGAGUCAGUCUACUUUCAACAGAGGUCCUGGGUGGACUGGUAUCUGUCAAGUUUUCCCGACUUUACGAGGAGCACUUGAUCGACUCUGGGCGAUUUGUUUUCGUGGUAUGCAUCCCAAGAAGUGGUGGACUCACGGUUUAGAACGUUAAGUGUGAAAGACGAACGGACCAGUCGGUGGUGGAUUGGGGUUGUGAAUGGAGUAUGAGUAGUGGUGUGACUAGACAUGGAAUCCUCGCCUCACAUGUAUGACCCAAACACACAUCAGGGUAACAACGGUGGUACUACCUCUCCAAUGGAGAGACCCCUAACCAAAGGUGGACCUUGUGCUCCCGCGGCAUAUAAGGUUAAGCAUAUCAACCAUCACGGCGGCGUCCCAGGGGCUCCUGGCACCACCGAAGGGGUACAUGGGGGUGGGGAUCUGGCCGAGCUGGCCUCCUCGGAGAUUUCUCUGGACCUCCAGGGCCUCAUCGAUGACCACAACUUUGGGGAGGAGAACAUCUUCGGCGAUGACCUGAACCAUGGGUAUGGCUUGCCGCAUCGCACCUCACCAAACGGGUCAAUCGGAUCCUCAGGACAAUCCAGCCCCGGACAGGAAUCGCCUCAGAGUUUCCAGCAAUAUCGAAACACCCUCGCCUAUCUUCCCGGAUCAGUGCAUAGUGGUGCCGCCUCCUACAACACACAGAUCCCUCCCGUCAGCAACAACCCGAGCCAAAGUGGCGCGGCCACCUCGGUGGGUCCCGGGGGGAUCAAUACCAAUAUUCAAGUGAAACAGGAGCCCGUGGACGGCAAUAGCGGCCACGGAGCUUCGGCCAACCAUGCAUCCUUCAAUUCUCCCAACAGUAACAACUCUAGUAUCACCAAUAGUAAUGCCCCCGCCAACAAUAAUACCAACAACACUAGUGCCUAUUCGAAUGGGACGGUGAGCAGCACCACCCCCGGCCCGCCCCAUCAUCCUGCUUUAGCGUCCAAUCACAAUAACUCGAGUGGGGGAUAUCCUACAGUCCUGCCAUCUCUCAAAUCAUUUAGUCAAGCUCCCAAAUACCUGCAGGCCUCGAGCAACAUCCCCUUGCACAUGAGCAAGAAGAGGGUAGACCGAAAUUCCGACGAAUAUCGACGACGAAGGGAACGGAACAAUGUCGCCGUGCGGAAGUCGCGGGAAAAAGCCAAAGAACGAUCGAGAAUGACCGAAGAACGCGUCAAGAUCCUGGCUCGAGAAAAUGAGCGCCUCCAGAAGAAAGUGGAGCUUCUCCAAGAGGAGCUCACUGUUCUCCGCUCUUUGUUCUCCAAUGUGGGCGUGUUGCCGGAGCAUAUCCAUCGGGAGCUCUCCAAACACAUGGACAACUUCCAACAGCAACAUAACGCUAUGGCGUGCAUGUGAGACCCCGCCCACCAAUGAAAUGAUGCCAGCUUUAGAUCCACCAAGAUUCAACUUCUCUCAUGAAAAACGAAAAGAACCCGAUCGACGUUUCCCACUCCUUCAGAUCGUCUCGACUUUCGCUCGUGAUGAUCCAGAUUCGAAUCUAGAGCCUCGUCAUCCGAGGGCAAAAUGACGCAAGGCUGCUGGCCUUCGAGAGUGUGAUGCAUAAACAAUACUCGUGCUCAGCUGCAAGUUGAAACUUGUUCAGCCCUUUCCGGAUUAUCAUGUGUAUUUGAUGGCCAUUCGAGCCACCUUCGUAUAGCAACACCCGCACACUUGAGAUGAUGUCUCGACGAGAAGCAACAUCUAGUCAGAAAUUGAUCCUGUUCCAGCCUCCAAUGCUCUGAGCUUCCCCCUCUAUUUACUCCAUCACGUCCUCUUCCUCCUCCUCCUCCUCUUAGAAAAUAUCUGGCCAACCUCAUGAAGAGAGCCUACCUCCACAUGCUAUAUGAGAUGACGACAGUAACAGUUUGAAAUUACUGACGAUGAUUAUGAUUCAUCCUGACUUGUGAUAUUGCACACCAAAACUCUGUGGUAUACAUUCUACCUAUUUUACAUACACUAUUUCAAGUUAGACCAACCAAUCUAGGAAUAUAAUCUGACCUGAUCCGCCCACGAUAAAUGGAAUUGUACUGAAACACACAUCAUACUUGUCAUAACUUGAACUCAUUGAAUAUCAGCUCUGAAUACUCGAAAAAAAAGAAAAGAAUAAGAAUAAGGCAAAGUUAGUAUGUGUCUAGUCCCAGUUUGUAAUCUACCACGCCAUUUGUACGAACAAGAAGAAAAAAACGUGUCUCAGAAUGACGCUCUCUCUUCUUCAGAACCGACGACAACGACGAGAAGAAAACUGUGUCCAUUGCAGACACGAGAAGUUUGUACGAGCCAAACAUGAAAGGCAAUAAUAAUACUGUUUCAUCCAUGUAACAAAAUAGGUGUUCUUGAUUCACAUUUUUUCGUUGACAUCACCUUUAUCCAAUAUCUCUUAGCACAAAUAAAUGGAUUAUAAAUAUGA